AUGAACGCACUAAGCGGGAAGUUCACAUGCGCUGUCCUACUAACUAGUGACCCUUCUGCGGUGGGAUCAUCGACCAAGGUUUCGGUAGGGGUUCAAAAUAUUGCAGUAGUCCUUCAGCACCAGGAAAAUGAUAUUCCACUGAUAGAAUCCGUUGCUUCACAUAUUCAGCGUUUCUGCGCUAUAUACAAUAUAUCAUGCGUCGACUGCGGCCGUGACAUCGCAAGUUUGUUGAAGGAGUCUGCACAUGUUGUAGUCGUUCGCUGCGAGGAUCGUGCAGCGACUGGGGAAGUUUCCACUCAGCUGCUGCAGCAGACAAGUGAACCAAUUGUUAUUGUGUUGGAGAUUGACUGCAGCUCCCCCUCGAAAUGGGAUAUCAGAGAUAGUGAAUCAAACAGUGGAUGGAAAUGGCUGCAACCCACACCAAGUUGUUUGGCUGAGUUGCAGAAGCAUGGCGGUUGCAGCAGUGGGGUAUGGCUCCAGGCGGCAAUGAGAUGCUCAAAACCGGUCGUGCGGGUGCAGCUGCCACCGUCAUCACAAACGUCAGUACCGUGGGCUUCAGCCGUGACGUUGGAUGGGCUCAUGCGGGAAGUGGGGUAUAAAGUGGGAUGUUUACCGAAAUACGGCUCGUAG